AGAAAGGGAAAGAGAGAGAGAGGCAUGGACUUCAGUCUGGCAGCGCUGAAGCUAUUGUGCGGACAGCUGAAGCACGCCAGGGAGACAUCAACACCGUCCGCCAUGACCCUCGGCGGCAUACUAUUCCAGAGAGCUUGGUUGCAGGGCGUUUUGAUAUCAGGUUGUGAGGAAGGACGUUUCGUUCUAGACGAUGGAAGCGGCAUCAUCGAGCUUUUUCUCUCCAAGGAAUCCCUCUCCCAAGACUGGAAAACAGGAAUGUACGUUAUGGUUGUUGGGCUCUAUGUUGCCCGUACUGGAGACUUGCCCUUGAUUAAGGUUCACAAAAUAGUUGAUCUUUCACCGUUCCCUGAUCGAGAAGCACUGUGGUUUCUAGAAGUCAUUGAGGCAAAUAAAUUGUUCUACUUGGCUUCAUCUGAAGAAUGAUAGGAUCUUCUCUCAACAAGUCAUUUUUUCCAUUUUUCUGUGAUCAAUGUCUUGAAAUGGUACCUUAACUUGCUCUUUCUUUUUCUCCCUUCAGUGGAAGAAGUUGGGGGAAGAGGAAUGACCUAUCUGUUCAUUUGUAAGCCUUUGUUGACAGAUCUGUUUUGCAUCUAAAGGCACUGAAGCAAAGUCUUGUUCUAGUUGAA